AUGGACGCAUCCUGCUCCUGCAUUACUGGUAGCUUCUGUGUCUGCUCUAUAUCCUACAAGUGCAGAGAAUGCAAAUGCCCCUCCUUCAGGAGCUCCUGCUACCCUGUGGGCUGUGCCAAGUGUGGCCAGGGCUGCAUCUGCAAAGAGACAUCUGACAAGUGCGGCUGUUGUGCCUGA